AUGGAGGGGAUGCAGUGUCAGGCCAAGGGAACCACCAGCCCACGGCUUAAGCUCUUCGGCUUCCACGUGUCCGACAACGACAACCCCGGCGAUGGGAGGGCAGUGGUGGGCAGCCCUACGUCUGCUGCUUCUGCCUCCAGCGGCGCCGGCGGCGGAGAUGGGAGGAAGUACGAGUGCCAGUACUGCUGCCGAGAGUUCGCUAACUCCCAGGCGUUGGGCGGCCACCAGAACGCCCACAAGAAGGAGCGGCAGCAGAUGAAGCGCGCCCAGUUGCACCACCACCACCAUGCCACCUCCGGCCACCGUUCGCCCCAUGGUACCUUCUACCACCAGCCCAUCGCCUCCGCCUUCGCCCCGUCGCCGCACCUCUUUUCCCCUCCCCGUUCGCCUCCCCCCACGACGCCGGGGCCGCAGGCUGUGGGCCUCCCGGGGAACGCCGCCGCCAGCUGGGCCUACUACCCCCGCCCGGCGCCGCCCCUUCACCUGCCGCGCGGAUGCAUCGUUCCCCGGUCUCUACCGACCUGUUACUCUUACGGUGGAGACGGUAGCGAAGGAACCCGGUUCUACGACGACGGCCGGCUGAUCGGUGGACCCGGGUUCUCCGGAGUGGCACCGGCGGAGGAAGCGGCGGAGGACGCGUACGGGUUGGACCUUCACCUUAGCCUGGCCCCCGCUGGUUCAUGA